GAUAUUUCUAUUUUAUAGCUAAACAGAUUUAUAUUUCUUUCUUCGUAAAAGUUCAAUCUAAAAAAAACUUUCAAAUACCAUGUAUUAAGAUGGCAUUUCUAUUUACUGGUUUUCAACUACAAAUUUUUAACAGAUAAAUUAUAAUAUCUAGAUAUAUUUUAAAUGAAAUUUUUAUUUUCCAAUAAGGGUGGAUUUGACAGAAUUUUCAUAAAUCAUUGAUACAAUAAAGAAGGAUUUAGAACAACUUUUACAAAUACUAGAUUCAAUAAAGUGAGAUUUAGAAAAAAAAAAUGAAAUUCCUCCAAAUCAUCAAUCCAAUAAGCCACUCUUUGAUCUGGUUUUAUGCUUUUUGAAAAUAAAAAAGGUCCCACCGAGACUUGAACUCGGGUUACUAGAUUCAGAGUCUAGUGUCCUAACAGCUAGACCAUGGGACCAUUUGUUAACCAAUACUCCAAAUAGUUUUACAAACCAAAAUACAAUGCUAGAGUAUUAGAUGAGGAGUGUCGCUGGCCCGGAAGCUCUUUUGUGGUGUUACCGUUCUGAAUCAUCUACAUAACUCUUCACAAAGCUUUCUGAUGGAAUUACUGAGAGAGGAAGAGAAGUGCCUGGGAGGAUUUGUACUGUUAUAUCAAUGCUUUUGAGGAAAAUUGGACAAGCAGAUUUGGCUAUGAAGCUGAUGCAUAGCAAGACUGGGAUUGGUUAUGAGAGGAUGGGUGGUGUCAAGUUUAGAACUUUACUUCAAAGCUUUGUUACUCACUAUUAAAAGAGUUAUACAGUUCUGUCUUUGGUGUUUAUUUGCUUUGUUUGUAACAAAAGAAGCACAGGUUUAUUCCAAUUGAAGUUUUACAAAACCGGAUAAUUUUAGUAAACCGGACCAAAUUUAGAAACUUUUCUGUUGAAAAUGUGCUGAAUACAAAAGGAAGAGAGCACCAUUCAUUUAAAAUGCCUUGAAUUUCUCUGGCGCGCACAUGUGCCAUUAGUUUUGUUAUCUCUCUCUCUCUCUGACUACAAAGAAACCAUUCGUUGAAACCAUUUUCUCAAGCAUUCUUGAUUCCUGUCAAAAUACAAACACACGAAAUGGCACGACAAGAUGCUAAUCCAUUUGCUGAUGAAGAAACCAAUCCUUUUGCGGAUAAUACAAGUGUUCCUCGAGCAAGCAACUCCUCCUAUCUCAAGCCGCUUCCACCUGAACCUCAUGAUCGUGGUGCUACCAUCGAUAUCCCUUUGGAUUCCGAAAAGGUAUCUUCAAUAUCUUCUCCAUUUUUUCCUUUCAAUGUUUGCUCAAAAUCUGGUUUCUGUUUGAAGGAUCUUCGAGCUAAAGAGAUGGAGCUUCAGGCUAAGGAGAACGAGUUGAACCGGAAAGAGCAGGAGCUGAAAAGAAGAGAAGAUGCAAUAGCCAAAACUGGAGUUGUAAUUGAGGAGAAGAACUGGCCAGAUUUUUUCCCUCUAAUUCACCAUGACAUCCCUAACGAGAUUCCAAUACACUUACAGAAGAUUCAAUAUGUCGCAUUCACCACAUUAUUAGGAUUAGUAGGAUGUCUCUUGUGGAAUAUUGUGGCAGUAACUGUAGCUUGGAUCAAAGGAGGAGGUCCCACUAUAUGGCUUAUGUCAAUCAUCUACUUCAUUGCUGGGGUCCCUGGGGCUUACGUCUUGUGGUAUCGUCCUCUUUACCGAGCUUCCAGAACUGAUAGUGCCCUGAAGUUCGGAACUUUCUUUGUGUUUUACGUGUUUCACAUUGCAUUCUGUGGCUUUGCUGCAGUUGCUCCACCAGUCAUCUUUCAAGGAAAAUCUCUCACAGGUUUCUUGCCAGCACUUGAGCUUCUAACUACUAAUGCGGCGGUCGGAGUAAGUAUUUUACUUCUGUUCAUUUACAAGUGCUUACCUUACCAAUAUGUUUUCUCCCUCAUAGAUAUUGUAUUUCAUUGGGGCGGGGUUCUUCUGCAUCGAAACACUUCUCAAUAUCUGGGUGAUUCAGCAAGUAUAUGCCUACUUCCGAGGGAGCGGCAAAGCUGCACAGAUGAAACGCGAAGCUGCAACUUCGACCUUGAUGCGUGCGCUAUGAAAGGCAAACACUCUUCACUUUAGAAUGUAUCAACGGUGGCUUGAGGUCUAGGCUGACAAUUUUUUUUUUUGUUGGAAUUACUUUGUAAAGACUAAAUCAAGUAGUACAUGGGGAGAUCUCAAGCCGAAACUGUGUUGUUCAAUUGUCUAAUGAGAGUCAAUCCAGCUCUGUGCAAUAGUUUUUGCUACUCCUCUCUUCUCACCAUUAACCUACGAACCUUGAGUGCAUCACCAUGGCGACCUAUCCACUUGUACAUGUUACUUAGAAGUUGUCCUUUCUGACAGUAUCCUCCAAGUAAGGCAGACCAAGAUACCGUGUUCUUCUUAGACAUCCCAUUGAACACUUGCCUAGCUUCCCCCGAUCCGCAUUUACCAUACAUAUCCAAAAGACUACUCUCCAUAACAAUCACCCGUUUUGUGAAAGUGUUACUAUAUAAUACUUUUCUGGUGGUGUAAAAAUAUAUAGUUUACCGAAAAAGGUUUAACUAAUUUCUGGAAAAACAAAUCAGACCUUUUUGUCCGAAAAUAUUGGGUUUCUCUAGGCCGAAUAUGUAAGUGAAGUGGCAUUUAUAUUGGGUUCAAAGUAGAAGCCCAAUUAGUAACUUUGAUAACCAAAAAAAAACCUCGCCGUUGCCGGGGAUCGAACCCGGGUCACCCGCGUGACAGGCGGGAAUACUUACCACUAUACUACAACGACUUUGUUGUUAGCAGCAUUAGAAAGAGCAUUAGGAAACCUCUGUUCAGACGUUAAAGCGAAACGUUGUUAAUGGCGUUGCUUAACGAAACAAAUCAGACCUUUUUGUCCGAAAAUACUGGGCUUCUCUAGGCCACUAUACUACAACGACUUUGUUAUUAGCAGCAUUACAAAGAGCAAUAGAAAACCUUUAUUCAGACGUUAAUAACGCCAAACGUUGUU